AUGUUAUUUCUUCAAUAUUUAAAAAGUAAGAAUUAUAUUGGUAAUGGAGGUGCAUUUGGCUUAAGUUCUGGUUUAGGAAAGUGCACUAAUCUUUCAAAUUUGACACUUGAUCUAGGCCAAAAUAAAAUUGAUGAAGUAGGCGCAUAACGCUUAUAUUUUUGUUUAGUAAAUAGCACUAAUCUCUCAAAUUUGGCACUUGAUUUAGGGUGGAAUAAAAUUGGUGUAUUAGGCUUAAGUUCUGGUUUAGUAAUGUGCAAUAAUAUCUCAAAUUUGAAACUUUAUCUUAAUUUCAGUAAAAUUAGCAAUGAAUGUGCAUCAAGCUUAGGUUCAGAUUUAGUAAAUUGCAAUAAUCUCUCAAAUUUGACACUUGAUUUAAGGGGAAAUAAAAUUGGUGAUGAAGGAGCUUCAGGUUUAGGUUCUGGUUUGGGAAAUCUCACUAAUCUUUCAAGUUUGAUACUUCAUCUCUAGGGUAAUUAAAUUGGAGAAAUCGGUGCAUCAAAAUUAGGUUCUGAUUUAGGAAAGUGCACUAAUCUCUAAAAUUUGAUACUUGAUCUAAGUUGCAAUAAAACUGGUGUAAUUGGUACAUCAGGCUAAAGUUCAGGUUUAGCAAAUUGCACUAAUCUGUCAAAUUUGACACUUUAUUUAAGUUUAGGCUAUAUGAACCAAUCAGAAUAAUUGAAAAUUUAAAGCAAAUGUCUUAAAUUAAAAAAAUUAGUUUUCUUUCAAACAAAUUUAUCAAAGUAAUAGACAGAAAAGUGGUGA